AUGGAUAUAUCAAAUCCAGCAGCCUUAGUCAAUGCAGAACUGUUGCACUUCUAUGUUGGAAGCAGGGUAAGGGUUGUGAUGCAGGUUGUGCGAUCUGAUGGUGUUGUGAUUGGAAAAUCAACAGAUGAGAAACAACUAGUUGUAAAAGGAUCACCCCCACCUGCUCCUCAUACAACUUAUGUCGAAGUUUAUGGUGCUGAGAUAUGGACCAAUUUUGGUGAUGCCAUUGAUAUGGAUAGCUACAAUAAGCUCUGUCAGCUUGCAAAUGGAGAAUUUAAACACUUGUUCCUGUGAGUUAUAACAAACUUGUUUGAUGAUGCGGAUGCCUUUCUAUCAUUUGGAAUACUAGAGGAGACAUGACAUAAUCAAUGUGUUGGCAACAAUGUUUUUCAAAUUUUUUUCUGAUAUGAUGGUGACAAUAGGUUUGAUCUUAUGUAAAAACUACCCAAGCCCAUCAGCACUAGCCCAAUGGGCAAUGUUCACAGUCCUAGUGCUUAACUAGCUGCAAUUUUUUAUAAUUUGUUUUGGAUUCUCUUGGUAAAUAUAGUUUUUACUGAUUAUAAUGGAGAUCUUUAUCU